AUGGCUCCAAAAAUAAAAAAGGCUGGAGAUGACACUGAUUCUGGCUCUGAUUCUGAUAGCGGUUCUAGUGGAAGCCACAGCAAAAGCCCCAGCCCUGGCAAAGAAGGCAGCCAAUCUCGAUCUGUGUCACGCAGUCCUGCACGAUCUGGAAGUGAAUCUCCUAAAUCAAACAAUUCGGGGAGGUCCAGGAAGUCUUCAAAUGUGUCAAAUGUUUCCCGCAGCAAAUCCAAUUCCCCAGCAGGGUCUCCUCGGAGUAACAAAUCUGGAUCAUCAAGCCCAAAGUCUCAAGCCUCUGGCAGCACAAAGGAUAGAGCAUCCAAAUCCCGAUCGAGGAGUGGAUCCCGUCGGUCCAGAUCUGGAUCGGGUAGUGGCAGGUCUAGGUCAGGUAGUGCUAAUUCCCGCUCACCCAGCCCCAAGUCGGCACAAAGCACUAAAUCUCGAUCUCAAAGCCCAAAGUCCAGGUCACAGAGUCCUAAAUCCAGGUCACAGAGCCCCAAAUCCAGGUCACAGAGCCCCAAAUCUAGGUCGCAGAGUCCAAAGACGAAAUCGCACUCUUCCAAGUCUAGGUCGAACAGCCCCAAAUCGCGAAGUGCCAAGAGCCGCUCGAGGUCUGGAAGUGGCAGUCCAAAAAGCAGGAAGUCCAGAUCGAGGUCAGGGAGCGCCUCAUCCUCCAGGUCCAAAAGUCCGGAACAACGACAAGACGUGGCCGACAGCAGAUCCAAUUCACCAAAUCUCAUGAUCGACGAUGCCCAAACUAAAGAGAAAUCGAGAAGUAGGUCAAGGUCUGGUUCAAGGCAGUCGAGAUCAAGGUCUAAGAGCAAAUCGAAAUCCAAGAGUCGUUCAAGAUCCCGUUCGAAGAGUUCAAAUGCAUCCAAUGCGGGCGGUGAUGAAGGCAAAAAGAAACGCACCGUGCUGUCGGACUCUGAAAGCGACGGCGGCAAGGCCGUAUCGAAACGCAAAAAGGACUCUGACAGCGGUUCCGACACCAGCGGCAAGCCCAAGAAGAAGACCAAGAAGCUCAUCGAUUCGGACAACGAGAACCAGGGUGACGGUGUGACCGCGGACGCGUUGUUCGGCGACGCUUCGGACAUCAGCACGGAAGACGAGGGCGAGAAGAGGUCCGCGAGGUCCAGGUCCCGCUCGAGAUCCAGAAGUCGGAGCGGGGGCAGGUCCGACGAGGAGCGACGCUCCGGCGACGAGGCGAAAGGCAGCGGUGACGAGGAGAACCGCGAGAAGCCUGAAGAGGAGGAGGAGCUGGAGAUCCCGGAGACGCGGAUCGACGUGGACAUGCCCAAGAUCUGGACGGAGCUGGGCAAGGAGCUGCACUUCGUGAAGCUGCCCAACUUCCUGUCGGUGGAGACGCGCCCCUACGACCCCAACACGUACGAGGACGAGAUCGACGAGGAGGAGACGCUGGACGAGGAGGGUCGCGCCAGGCUCAAGCUGAAAGUGGAGAACACGAUCCGCUGGCGAACGGUGUUCGACAAGCAGGGCGACGCCGUCAAGGAGUCGAACGCGCGAAUGGUGAAGUGGUCCGACGGCAGCAUGUCGCUGCACCUCGGCUCCGAGAUCUUCGACGUGUACAAGCAGCCGCUGCACGGCGACCACAACCACCUGUUCGUGCGCCAGGGCACCGGGCUGCAGGGGCAGGCGGUGUUCCGCACGAAGCUCUCCUUCCGGCCGCACUCCACAGAGUCCUUCACCCACCGGAAGAUGACGCUGUCGCUCGCCGACCGCUCCACGAAGACCUCCGCCAUCAAGAUCCUGUCGCAGGUCGGCGCGGACCCCGACGCCGACAGGAAGUACCAGCUCAAGAAAGAGGAGAUGGAGCUGCGCGCGGCGAUGCGGUCGCGCGCAGCGACGCGGCGCUCGAGGCGCGGGGGCGGCGCCGGCGGCGGGGGCAGGGGCGCCGCGCGCGACGACUCCGAAGACGAGGGCGGCGUCUCGCUCGCGGCGAUCAAGAACAAGUACAAGGCCGGCCAGAAGGCCACCGCCGGCGCGGCGAUAUACUCGUCCGAGUCGGACGGCUCGGACGUGGAGACGCGCCGCGCCCGCCGGCUCGACCGCGCGAAGGCGCUCAAAGACUCCGACUCGGAGGGGAGCGACGGCAACGCCGCGUCGCCGCAGCGCAGCCAGAGCGGCAGCGCCUCCGGCUCGGCCAGCGGCAGUGGCAGCGAG